CACACCUUGUAUUGCUUGUCCAUAUGGUCAGACACUCUGGCCCUGCUGCUAAGCACAGUUGUGUAGCCACUGGAAGGAGAUGCCAUGACUACUGCCUCCACUGCCCUGCUCUAUCUUGGGCUGAGCCUGAUCCCCAUGACCUAUGUACCAGCAGAAAUUAUGGGCAAACCCACACUCAGAGCUCAGCCAGGCUCCGUGAUGACCAGCGGCAUGCAAUUGACCAUUUCAUGUGAGGGAACCUCUAGCGCCCAGGAAUAUUAUCUCUAUAAAGAGGGCAGUCCAGAUCCCUGGCAACGACAGAGCCCUCUAGAGCAUGGGAACCAAGCCGAGUUCUUCUUCCCGUCCUUUCAUCCAAACGAUGCAGGGAGAUAUCGCUGUUACUAUAGGACCCACACUGGCUGGUCAGAGCGCAGUGACUUUCUGGACUUGAUGGUGACAGGACUCUACAGAAAACCCAGUCUAUCAGCCCUGCCCAGCCCAGUGGUGAGAUUUGGAGGAAAUGUAACUCUCGAGUGUAUCUCACAGCUUGGAUAUGAUGGGUUUUCUCUGACUAAGGAAGAACAACAGAAAAUCUCUUGGACCCUAGACUCACAGUACAUAUACUCUAAAAACAAUUUCCGGGCACUGUUCUCUGUGGGUCCUCUGACCUCCGGACAUAGGAGGACAUUCAGAUGCUAUGGCUAUUACUUGAAUAAAUCCCAGGUGUGGUCAGAAGCCAGUGAUCCUCUGGAACUCCUGGUCUCAGAAGUGCCUGAGACCACCAGCCAACCACAAAACAUGUCAGAAGGCACAGUAGUCUCACAGCCUCAAGAUCACACAGUGGAGAACAUCAUUCGGAUGGGCGUUUCUGGUUUGAUUCUCACAGUACUCGGGAUUUUGCUGUUUGAAGCUUACUACAGCCGGAGAAGACCUUGAUUGCAUCUUAGAAGUGAAGACAAGAGAUGGCCACAGGCUUGCAUUGUUACUAUCUGAAAAAUAAAUUUGUGAAUCUUAGGGAUUUUUAUAAGAAAAUUCAAUGUUUAAUAUUGGGAAUCACUUGUGAGAAAAGAUCCAGGAAUCAAAUGUGUUUUGGAUGCAGGAAAGCAUCUAACUGUUGAGUUGGAGACCUCUUCCAACAUCACAUUAAGGCUUGCAUUCUCUACCUUGCCGUGGACUUUGAGAAUUUUUUCUCCCCUUCCCUUUUACAGGGGAACUUAUUGUCCCAUUAGUGAAGUUUGGUCCUGAACUUUGUAUAUCUUCUCCUUUCCCAAGUUUCUUGUCAUACUUUAUUAUAAAUUAUCAUAUUCCCUAUUACGAGCAUCUGCUUUUGUGGAGGUUUUUGUACUAGGAACAAGGAAUUUGACUCAAUAACAACAACAAAAAUAUUAAUGAACACAAUUCAGAUUCCCAAAUGCUAAAAUAACUGAAUAUAAAUGAUGCUCCCAAAUUCUGUACUUUCCCUUAGAUAUCCUACUAUGCACAUUCAUUGUGAGGUUCUUGUUAAUUUAUAAAAAAAUUACUGUCUAGUGUUUAAAGGAGCUAUGAGUGGGACACUGUUGAUAUAGUUUCAAAAAAUCAUUUUUUUAAUUGUUGCUCUGUGACUUUUGCUGAUGGAUAUGUAUAAUCCUUUGCAUUCCUGUAUUCCAAGGUCAGUCAGAUCCAUGAAGGGAGAAACAAGGAGUAGUGAAAAUAGCAGACCAUGACCACCUUUGCCCUCUUUGCCUAUUUCUGUGUGAGGAGGCAGAACACCACCAAAUGCUGACAAAUUUUUGCAUUCUCACAGUAAAAGAUAUUUGUUUAGUCCUCAAUUAAUUAUCGAAAUAUUUGAGGUCCAUGAAGAGGGCACAGAUGUUUUAUGCAUAGCAGACGUUUUGUUAAGGUCAAUUUGUACAUUUCAUUGUUAAUUAUGUAAAAACUGGAGUAUGGGGCUCUGAAGAUGCAGAGACCAAUGGAGAUAAAACUAAGAUACUGUUAAGAAGGAGAUGGUGAGCAUGAGGACUUAAAAUGAUCUAGUCACCACAGAGGUAUAGAGAGUCUGGACAGACCUUCAUGGCUCCUGAACUUUUAAUGUUUCUUAUGCAUUAUCUUCAUUAAGGUGAUUAAUGCGGGAAAUCACAUUUUAACUGUGGUAGGAACUAUUUUUGGGACAAGGAGAUAAUGGUGUGUAUAAAAUGAAGAAGUGAACUCAGCACCAGCAUGUAAUUAUUCAUCCUUUUCUGCUUCUUGUAUGUGGAUAUAAAGCUUCUGGAUGCUUCAAGUUUCUGUAGACUUUUAAUCAACUGUACCCUGCAGCUGUGAGUUAUAUAAGUAUUUUCUGCAUUAAGUUGCUUCCACUUCUGAUGUUUUUAUUUCAUCACAGUAGCAGGAAACGUAACACAGAGAGAUCUUUGAUUCCCCUCACUUAACAAUAUUUGCGUGUUGACCACUCAGGGUUAUGCCUGUUUUGUACAGGCAACCACACUUACUAUGAGCACAUUCCUACACUGUGACAUGUGUUCAGGAGAUGGUAUUUGACAGCACUACUUUUCUUCCCUCACCUUUAUUCUUUAGCAUUCCCUGAACCAUGGAGAGGGGGAUACAGAUGUGCUGAUUAGGUCAAAGCAUUCCAUGGUCACACAUUUUCUACACAUUUACAUGCUACAAGUUUGUACUAUAAAUCUACUAUUGGCAAUUGCAUACACAAAUGUCUAACUAACACUGAGCCAAGUACUAAUCCCUUCAUUUAAACAUAACUAAUGCAGUAUGACACCAUGUGAAUUAAGCAAAAAUAAGAAUAGCAGAUUCUACACAAGCGUAGAAUCUUCCUGCUGUGGAUUUUUGACCCAGUAUUAUACUACAAGACAAAAAUGCUCUUCUGUUAAACAUACAUCAAAUAACAUAAGAAAACAGUCAUGUAGUACAGUUAAUAAAAGCCUAGCGAUAUAAAUUGGGGUCCAACCUGAAUGUCAGAAAAGCAAAACAGCCAGCCACAGCUUUUACCUCUACCUCAGCCCUAAACGAUGAUCCAGCCUCCAGGAAUCUCAUAAUGAAACUGUGUGUAAGAGCUGUCCCCUCCUGUUUUAUAUUCCUCCCUAGUGCUAGAAUUAAAGGUGUGCACUAUUACUGCAUGUUUUCUAUGGCAAACUUGUGUGGCUACUGGGAAUAAAGGUGUGUGUCACCACUGC